CUUUUGUACAAAUCUUCUUCAUGUUCUAAUUUAAUAAAUAUAUAAUUUAUUAUAUUAUUUAAAGAUGGGUAGGAAAAUUCCUGGACGAAAACAUCGAGGUAUCAGAGAUCCUGAAAAACAGGCAGCUGUAAGAUUUGAAAGUAUAAAAAAUAAGGUUAAUGCGCCUCCCUCUAAUCCUGAACACCAGGAAGUAUCAAAAACUCUUCAAAGAAUUAUCGAUUUGAAAAAUAAAACCAAAACUGGAGAGAUAUUUACAAAACGAAAUAAAAAACGAACUGGUACUAAUUUAAAAAAAAAUAUCAAUUCCGAUAAAUUUUCACCUAGUAAACCAGAAAAACCCGCACGUAACUUUGUACAAUUUCCUGAUGAAACUGAUAGAGAAUUUGUUCGUCGUAUGAAUAGAAUAUGUAUGGAAACUGUAAAAGAAGCAAAAUUUGAAGAAAAAUAUGGUGUGGAAAUUAAAAGAAACGAACAAGGCAAGGUAGAAGUGGUGAAAAGAAAGAAAGAUGAAUUGGAAUUGCUAUACAAUAAAGAAAAGAAAAGGAAACUAAAAGAAGAGAAAGGGUUAAAAAAGAAAAAGAAAUCCAAGGAUAAAAUAGAAACAGUGAAAUUAUCCAAAUGGCAAAAGAGGAAUAAAAAACUAAAAGAGAAAAAAGGAAAAAGAGGAAGUGAAAAUAUUGAUGAAUUUAAAGAGUAUAAAGACCCAGUGAAAUUUGGAGAAAUCGUCCAUGCUCCACCUACUCUUAUCAAACCCAAAAAAGCAGAGAAAUUAUUAACAGUUCCAAGGCCGGGCAAUAAAAGUUUGCUUUUAAAGUCAGUGUUGAACAAUUCUUCAAGUCAGAUUAAUCAAAGUAAAAAUAUAAAGGAUAAUAGUCACAAAACAAGUCAUAAAGUGAUAGAUAAGAAGGGAAAAAGGAAAGAACUACCAAAUUCUUUAAGAAGACAAUUAGAUAAACAGCAACAAGAAAUUAUUGAUGCUUAUAAACAACUCAAAUCAAAAAAGUAUGUAGGAACAUAGUUGUUAAAUAUAUAUUUUUUAACUAAUAUAUUAUUU